GGAACUUGCCGGAGAUGUUGGUGUCUGUGUAGAAAAUGGCGGCUUGAGCUUCUUCGUCCUUGUCCCAUUUUUAACGCAUUUAGAACCAAUAUUUAGCACAAUAUUCACUUGCAAAGCACACAAGAAUUGCCAAGUCGUGUUACUUGAUAACACUGCUAGCUGUUUCGUGGAUAUUUAGCUGUUUUACUGCCGUGGAGCUAAAAUGAUUGGAGGGUUCUUCAUAUAUAACCACAAGGGAGAGGUUCUCAUUUCGCGGGUCUAUCGCGAUGAUAUCGGGAGAAACACAGUUGAUGCUUUCCGUGUCAAUGUUAUCCAUGCCAGAGGCCAAAUCCGCUCACCCGUCACUAACAUAGCUAGGACAAGCUUCUUCCAUAUCCGCCAGGGCAACGUCUGGAUAGCAGCAGUAACAAGGCAGAAUGUCAAUGCUGCCAUGGUCUUUGAGUUUCUUUUCAGAACAGUUGAUAUUAUGAUGUCCUACUUUGGCAAAGUAACAGAAGAAGGAAUCAAGAAUAACUUUGUUCUUAUCUAUGAACUUCUUGAUGAAAUAGCAGACUAUGGCUAUCCACAGAAAACAGAUACGGCAAUCCUUAAAACAUUUAUUACACAGCAAGGAGUAAAGACACAGACACGGGAAGAGCAGGCCCAGAUUACAAGUCAAGUGACUGGACAGAUUGGCUGGAGACGAGAUGGUAUCAAGUACAGGCGUAAUGAGCUCUUCCUGGACGUCCUGGAAUCAGUCAACUUACUCAUGUCUCCUCAAGGUCAAGUUCUGAGCGCACACGUGUCUGGCCGAGUUGUGAUGAAAAGCUUUCUGUCUGGAAUGCCAGAAUGCAAGUUUGGCAUGAAUGACAAGUUGGUGGUAGAGAAGCAAUCGAAGUCAUCAAGCUCAGAUACCAGUGUGGAUACAACCAUAGGAGGGAACAAGAAAAAUACAAGCAAGACCGGUAUUGCUAUUGAUGACUGCACAUUUCAUCAGUGUGUGAAGCUAAGCAAGUUUGAGACAGAACGCAGCAUUAGUUUCAUUCCCCCAGAUGGUGAAUUUGAGUUAAUGAGAUAUCGUACAACCAAGGACAUUAGCUUGCCGUUUAGAGUGAUCCCCCUGGUCCGUGAAGUGGGUCGCUCAAGAAUGGAAGUCAAGGUUGUUCUAAAGUCAAACUUCAAGCCUUCAAUACUAGGACAGAAAAUAGAGGUCCGUAUCCCUACACCACCCACCACAGCUGGAGUCCAGGUAGUUUGCCUGAAGGGAAAGGCCAAAUACAAGUCUAGUGAGAACGCAAUUGUCUGGAAGAUCAAGAGGAUGGGUGGAAUGAAGGAGUCCCAGAUCAGUGCAGAGAUUGAACUCAUGCCGACAAAAGACGCCAAGAAGUGGGCAAGGCCACCCAUUUCACUCAACUUCGAGGUUCCAUUCGCGUGCUCUGGUCUCAAGGUGCGAUACCUCAAGGUGUUUGAGCCCAAGCUGAACUACAGUGACCAUGACACGAUCAAGUGGGUGCGCUACAUCUCGCGUAGCGGCCUGUACGAAACACGAUGUUGAUGACUCAUGUUAUGUAUUAAACGGUCCUAUAAUCCAGAGAUGCUCUCAUGUCAAUCCUCAAAUAACUACCACUAAUAACUGAAUAGACUACCACCAACACGAUAACGAUAUGCUCACAAGUUAACCAUCAAAUAACGAUCAUUAUUAAACAAAUAAAGGCUGAUUUAGGCAGUGCGAUUUAGUCGUAUGCGCCUUGCCCGCAACACCUCUACUCUAGUCGCAGAGUGUAUAUCAGGCUACGACUCCACUGCGACGCUCGGCUACGAAAGUCGUAGUGUGUAACUUAGGGCUAUGUCCACCAACAUAAAUACAUAAUACCACGUAGUCGCUCAAAGAGCCCUAAUCAGCCCACCUUGAUUGUGCUCAUUCCAUAUUGGAGGACAUAUUAUGUGAGGAAAUCUUGAAAUUUCUUGGUAGAUGGUAUCUCACAAUCAUUUACCAAAUUUUAUCGAAAAUAUCGUAAUAGCUCCCUCAAAUCAGUGGAUAGAAAUAGAUGUUCUCUCACUUGGUAUUUUGCUAUGAUUACAGAAUGGUGCCUGACAACUCUAUAACAAAUAAGAUUUGAUUAUGUCAGUUCUUUUUCUCGAUUCGAUUAGUAGUUUUUGCCUCGCGCGAGUGGGGCUAGUGAUAACGAGCAUUGUUUGUACAGGUGUCGGUAUCAGUAGACGGGAAAUUAGUUUGACUAAUAUGUAGCCUUUAAUCCCUAGAUAAAUUAGAGUGACUAGAUUCAAUCCACCCAUACUGUAUAGUAACGUUAUUGCUAGAAUAAUAAAAUUCUUUUUGAAA